CUGGCCACCGCCGCCGCGCCGAGGCGGAGUAGGAUGAGGCCCCGGGCCGCGGCUCCAGCGUCGGCAGGGGCAACAGCAGCUGAGGCAGCAGCUGAGGCAGCCGCGACGGCCGCGCCCCCCCGUCCUGACCUGGAUUAGGCCCAGCAGCCCGUGGCCGCCGCCGCCCCGCGGGGGGCGGGGUGGGGAAGCGCUCAGUCUCCCCGCCCCCGCCCCCCUCAGGUUCCAGACGCGACCCCGGCGCAGCCCGCGGCCUAGCCUCGCGCCCUCUGCCCCGGGGGCUGGCAUGAGCGGCCCCUCGGUGGCGCCGGGGCGCGGGGGAGCCGCCGCCUGAGCCCCCGGGCCUGCCGCCUCGGACCCCGCGGCACCGAGCGAGCUGACCGCCGAGCGUGCGAGAGACCGGGUCACAGCUUUCUUCCUCCCGCAGAUCUCAAAGCAUACACCCGAGCCCCGGAAGAUGGGGAACUGCCUCAAAUCCCCGACUUCGGAUGACAUCUCCCUGCUCCACGAGUCUCAGUCCGACCGGGCUAGCUUUGGCGAGGGGACGGAGCCAGAUCAGGAGCCGCCGCCGCCAUAUCAGGAACAAGUUCCCGUUCCCAUCUAUCAUCCGACACCUAGCCAGACUCGGCUAGCAACUCAGCUGACUGAAGAGGAACAAAUUAGAAUAGCUCAAAGAAUAGGCCUUAUACAGCAUUUGCCUAAAGGAGUUUAUGACCCUGGAAGAGAUGGAUCAGAAAAAAAGAUCCGAGAGUGUGUGAUCUGUAUGAUGGACUUUGUUUAUGGGGACCCAAUUCGAUUUCUGCCGUGCAUGCACAUCUACCACCUGGACUGUAUAGAUGACUGGUUGAUGAGAUCCUUCACGUGCCCCUCCUGCAUGGAGCCAGUUGAUGCAGCACUGCUUUCAUCCUAUGAGACUAAUUGAGCCAGGGUCUCUCGUCUGACUUCAAGUGAACCAUCAGUUUUGGUGGUUUUGAUCUUUUGUCACUGAGCCCAAAGAGCCAGGGAUUAGGAAUUAAGAUCAUGCACAAAAGUUUCCUAAAAAUUCCUGGAUGGCUGCAGAUGUUGAGGGAAGUAUGUGAUAUUUUAGAAAUUUAGGGGGAAAGUAGGAUGGAUGGUAUUUUUAUGUAAAGCCUUGACCCAGUGUUAAAAUAUAAUUGUUAUUAGACCUUGUUCUUGCUCCAGUACAUAGGAAUUGUGUAAAGUGUUACAGCAACUGUACAUGUUUAAAUUGUGUGUGUUGAAGCUUAGGAAAAAGAUAGUUGUUAUUUUUCCUAAAUGAAAUAAGUUUCUUCUCCCACCAAAUUCUUUUCUGAAAAGUUACUGACAUUUGGGUCAAGGUUUUAUUAAAAAGCUACAUUUUAUAACACUGGCACAAAAAAAAGUAGUUUUAAGCUUGUUUGCACAGUUCUUUUUUUCCAUUGGAAAUGGAAUUCAUUGCCUUAGGUCUUUUUAAAUAGUGUAUUAUUAUCGUUGGGGCUGGCUCUAUGCUUGAAAACCAGUUUAUUUAUAACCUGUUGUAAGUGCUAUAUUCUGUUUGCAGUUAGGAAAUGCAGAAUUCACAGUGAUCUCCUAGCUUGUAAGCAAACUGAGAUGCGCUAUCCCUUUUCUAUUAAAAAUGGGUGGGUGUGUCAGGAGACAAGGCUAGCAAAGUGGAUUUGAUAUCCCUCUCCUGUGUGUCUUACCUUGUUGUUUUGGUUGUUACUAUGGUGAUAAAUUCAAAUAUUAACAUUUCUGAUUUGUUGAGCUUUGAAUUAUGCCACCAUGCUUAUGUAAAAAUGAAGGUGGCACCAUGAUGAAACUUAAACAGUUUCUCAUCUGUAACAGUUUUGAUUCUCUUUCCUGUGACCUCUUUCCCCACUGUCUGGAACCAUAGCAAAAGGAUACUGCAUCUCUUGUUACUGUAGUGCUGAGGUUAUUGAAGUUACAGAAACACAUCUAGUCUGUUUCCUAGAAAAGUAUCUGUUAAGUCUUGCUAGGUGACUGACAGGAGAGGUAAAUGUUUUGCACACCAAUGCAGCAGGGUUAGUAUAACCACAUGACUUCAUAGUUGUGAUCUCAAAGGAACUUCUCCUUUACUUUUUCUUGCAAUUAAUGUAAGAAUACUCUAAAUCUCUGCACUUCUGAAGGAUUAGAGGUACAAGUGGUCUAGUGAAGAGGUAAUGUUUUAUCCAUUUAGCAUGUGUUUAUUUCUCCUUAUGGUCUCCAGGUGGCUUGUUCCUUCCACUCGGUGACAUUGUAGUUAAAAAAUGAUGAGCAGAAGCGCUCUCCACCUUACAAGUGA